CGAAAGCUUUAUCCCUCUCUUUUGUAGUUUUGUUACUCGCGUCACACUUUUCCUCUUCCCGUACCCUUGUCUCCUCGUUUCCACGAAGCUCCUCCCCCCUCUCUUGUGAGGGUUUUUUUGGAUCCAUUUGUUAAUCCAUUUCUCUCUCUCUCCCUCUCUCUCUCUCUGUGAGCCUCUGGAGAUUGCUCUUGGACACGCUACAAGUUCAGAGAGGCAAAUAUUUCCAUAUAAAGAGAGAGAGAAGCUGUUGGAGCCAUCUUAAUGCAGUGCUUCUCCCAACAACACUACUCAAACAACACUUACAUAUCAAAAUUUGUGUUAAGACAAAUCCCGCGUCAUUUUCUGCUAGAUCAAAAUUUCCGAAAAAGCAAAGAAUUAAGAAGGGGACUUGGGACUUGUAUAGUAUGGUCAUGUGGUGCUUCAGAUUCUUAAAUGGAGAGGCAAAGGAAUUCUUGGAUCAUGAUGUUAGGGCAUCGGGGUCGAAGGCGAGCUCUCUAGAAGUAUCCGACAGGAGUACAGAAACCCCAACAGGGUCUAAGUAUCCUGGCUUCCCCCAAAGGCCGAGCAAUCUGAGAAUUUUCACAUUCUCUGAAUUGAAAAAUGCCACAAAGAAUUUUAGCCGCUCGCUUAUGGUUGGAGAAGGCGGUUUUGGUUGCGUGUACAGAGGUUCAAUCCGGAGCCCUGAGGAACCGCAUGGCAGGAUAGAGAUUGCCGUAAAACAAUUAAACCGUAGUGGGAUGCAGGGCCACAAGGAAUGGGUGACUGAAGUAAAUGUUCUUGGAGUGGUUGAGCACCCAAAUCUUGUAAAGUUAAUAGGCUAUUGCAUUGAAGACGAUGAACGGGGGAUGCAACUUCUUCUUGUUUAUGAAUAUAUGCCUAAUGGAAGUGUAGAGGAUCAUUUGUCUAGUCGAUCAACUAGAACUCUGUCAUGGGGCAUGAGGCUGAAGAUAGCGCUUGACGCAGCUCGUGGUUUGACAUACCUGCAUGAAGGGAUGGAUUUUCAGAUUAUUUUUCGAGAUUUUAAAACAUCCAACAUUCUCUUGGAUGAGAAUUGGAACGCAAAGUUAUCGGACUUUGGGUUGGCCAGACAAGGACCAGCAGAGGGACUGAGCCAUGUUUCAACAGCGGUAGUUGGAACUCUAGGCUAUGCAGCUCCUGAAUAUAUGCGAACCGGUCGCCUCACCACCAAAAGUGACAUCUGGAGCUACGGCGUCGUCCUCUAUGAGCUCAUAACAGGCCGCCGUCCAAUAGAUCGAAACCGCCCGAAGUGCGAACAAAAGCUCUUGGAAUGGGUCAAACCCUACAUUUCUGAUGUGAAAAAAUUCCGCAUUAUCUUAGAUCCACGGCUAGACGGAUAUUACACCCUAAAAUCAGCAACUAAACUUGCUACUAUAGCAAAUAAGUGCCUUCUUAGGCUCCCCAAAUCUAGACCCAACAUGAGCGAGGUUUUGGGGAUGGUACAGAAAUUGGUAGAGACUUUGGACAUCGGGGAUCCACAACCGCCGCUCAUAAGUGCUUCUGAAGAAGCGGCUUCUCGAGAAGGAUGUAAAAAAGGACGAGAAUUGAAGUUUAAGAUUAGGGCAAUGAAAAUGGGAUUGGGUUGGACACUAAAACUUGUGAGGACUUGAUACCUUGGUGGUCAUGAAGAUCUCUUCUGUUUGAUCUUGAUAAAAUAACCACUUUUGUAAUUAUUACUUUUUGGCAACAUGGUUUCUUGGUUCUGGCGUGCAUGGUUGGCUAACAGGUGGAAACACGACGAACGGGCUAACAGGCGGAAACACGACGAACGAUACCGCCUAUCCGUGAUAGGCGGUGUAGCUUGGAAAUCUGUAGAUUUUCCUGUCCUUGUUAGAUAUGAUUGACUGAAUUGGUGUCCUUUAGAUUCUUUUUUUUUUAUUUAAUUUUUUCCCUAUUUUUGGGGGCUUUGUUUCCUGUGGUGAAAUGAUCAAAAGUGAUAUGUGUCUCUACAUUUGAUUGGUCUUACAAGGAUAUAUGUUCUUGUAUCACAAGUUCGGUCUCGCGGAAUAUUGGAUGGGUUUAUUUGGGGGUCGAUUGCUUCAUUUUAUUGUUUGUUAUUUUUUGAUUGUUGACUAGUGGUUGAUUGAUUAUUCAUGAUGAUUAAACUUUGCAGU